AUGGUCAAGGAGACAAAGUUCUAUGAUGCGCUUGGCGUUUCGCCAACAGCAACAGAGGCAGAAUUAAAGAAGGCAUACAAGACAGGAGCUUUGAAAUGGCACCCUGAUAAGAAUGCCCACAACCCCGGGGCCGAGGAAAAGUUCAAGGAGAUCUCACACGCUUACGAAAUUCUGUCCGACCCCCAGAAGCGUCAAGUAUACGACCAAUAUGGUGAAGCCGGCCUCGAGGGAGGUGCGGGAGGCGGCGGUAUGGCUGCCGAGGAUCUCUUCGCACAGUUCUUCGGCUCAGGCUCAUUCGGCGGUGGUCUUGGCGGCAUGUUCAGCGGGAUGGGUGGCGGACCCCGUGGUCCGCCUAAGGCGCGCACUAUCCACCACACACACAAGGUAUCCCUGGAAGAUAUUUACCGGGGUAAGAUCUCUAAGCUAGCCUUACAACGAUCCGUCAUUUGCCCUAAGUGCGAGGGUCGCGGUGGUAAGGAAGGUGCUGUUCGACGCUGCCCCGGCUGUGAUGGUCACGGUAUGAAGACUAUGAUGCGACAAAUGGGUCCCAUGAUCCAACGUUUCCAAACUGUCUGUCCCGAUUGCAAUGGAGAGGGCGAGAUUAUUAAGGAGAAGGACCGCUGUAAGUCAUGCAAUGGCAAGAAGACUAUCGUCGACAGGAAAGUACUUCACGUUCACGUCGACCGUGGUGUUAGAAGUGGCACGAAAGUCGAGUUCAAGGGUGAAGGUGACCAAGCCCCUGGUGUCCAGGCUGGAGAUGUCGUCUUCGAGAUUGAACAGAAGCCACACCCCCGGUUCACUCGGAAGGAAGACGAUCUACUCUAUCGUGCUGAGAUCGAGCUCGUCACAGCCCUAGCUGGUGGUACGAUCUUUAUUGAACAUCUGGACGACAGAUGGCUGAGUGUCGAGAUCCAACCCGGCGAGGCCAUUGCACAAGAUGCUGUCAAGAUGUUGAGAGGACAAGGUAUGCCUUCCCACAGGCAUCACGAUUACGGUAACAUGUACAUACAAUUCUCCGUCAAGUUCCCCGAACGUAACUGGACAGAUGAUCCUGCCGCCUUCGAAGGUCUGCGCAAAAUCCUUCCUGCUCCAACUCUCCAGAAUAUUCCUCCUGCGGACGCUAUGACGGACGGUGUGGAACUGGAAGAUUUGGACAACCAAGGACAGGCCCGAGCAUUUGGUGGCGGUGCAGGAGGCAUGGAUGAGGAGGAUGAAGACGGUCACCCACACGCCGAACGCGUGCAAUGCGCAUCUCAAUAG